CUGCCAUUUUGUCCGGCAGAGCAGCAAGCAAGCAAGCAAGCAGCCAGUCAGUCCGUAAAGAGAAACCACUGGUGAGACUUUUCAGACAGCAGCGCAGGACGGGACUGUCGGUGGUAAAACGAGCCGGUAAUGUGGCGUGUGCAGCGGAAGGACUGAACCAGCUGAGCCCGAGGACCGUUAAAGGAAAUAACCGAGCUAAGGGAGCUGUCAUUUUCAACUUAACAGGUCCGCCGGCUCGGCUCUUUAUUCACAGACCACAGCUAACCCCCGCUAGCUACUCGGCUAACACCCACCGCUCCUCGCAUCUUUUCUCACCGGGAGAAACGGCACCUGUCCCGGCUGUCAGUUACACAGUAUCUUAUGAACUCAAAACAAUGUGCUGCCAAAUUCUGAAUGACUUUUCACGCCCGAGGGGUGGUUUAACACACACUUUAAAAAGCGACCAGUGAUAGCUAACUAAAGCAGUCAAGCUAACAAGUUGACGUGGAGGAGGAACUCAAGGUUUUUUUUUUUUUUUUGGGAUUGUCGAGAUUUUUGUUGCUGUUCUCCAAACUGUGAUUUCAUACGGAUUACUUUUUUGUUGUUGCCUCGAGGUGAUCAAUUCAAAAAACAAAUCGUCCAGGUUACAAAGCAGCCAGUUAGCGAUGUUUAUUUGUGGCCAGAAAGUAAUUUCCAGUGUUUUCAAAUUCCACAGUGGGACUCUUUCCUGGUUCGAGUACUGCAACGGAAACAUUAGCUAACACAGACUAGCUCAGUUUAGUGUCGUCGUGUUGUGUUUACUAGAUAGAUAGAUAGUCGGAAUAAACUGUUGCCAAACAAUUUAACUAUACUGCAAAUCAGCUGUUGAUUGUGGGUUUCAUUGUUGAGCCAAUCCUGUACCUGCAGGUUUUUUUUUUUGCCACCAGUGAUCUGACAUUACUGCAGACUGCACAGGUUUUGUACGCACCUGAAACAAAAAACAAAAACCACAACAGUGGGUGUCUGAUCGCAACCCUUUACCUCCACUUGACAGUGAAGUCACGUUGAGUUGUGUCCCGCAGGGAGUUGAUCCAUUGAUCGGAUCGUUAUUGUGCUAUUUUAGCUGAUUGAGGGGGUGAAAAAAGAAAGCAGAGAGAGAGAGAGAGAGAGAGAGAAAGAAAGAAGCGAUGUCGGGCCAAUCUAUCACGGAUCGGAUCGCAGCAGCGCAGCACAGCAUGACCGGGUCGGCUAUCAGCAAGGCUGUGUGCAAAGCCACCACACACGAAGUCAGCGGACCCAAGAAAAAACACCUUGACUAUCUGAUCCACUGCACCAAUGAGAUGAAUGUGAGCAUUCCCCAGCUGGCGGACACUCUGUUUGAGCGCACGGCCAACUCUAGCUGGGUGGUGGUCUUCAAAGCCCUUAUCACCACCCACCACCUCAUGAUGUAUGGCAACGAGCGUUUAAUCCAGUACCUGGCCUCCAGAAACACCCUGUUUAACCUGCACAACUUCCUGGAUAAGGGAGCUCUGCAAGGUUACGACAUGUCAACCUUCAUCCGACGAUACAGCCGUUACCUGAACGAGAAGGCCAUGUCCUACAGACUGGUGGCUGUGGAUUUCACCAAGAUGAAGAGGGGGAUUGACGGUGUGAUGCGUACCAUGAACACAGAGAAGCUGAUCAAGACGCUGCCCAUCAUUCAGAACCAGCUGGAUGCUCUGUUGGAUUUCCAGGCCAACCCUAAUGAGCUGACCAACGGAGUGAUCAACUCUGCCUUCAUGCUGCUCUUCAAAGACUCCAUUAGGCUGUUUGCUGCUUACAAUGAAGGGGUCAUCAACCUAUUGGAGAAAUACUUUGACAUGAAGAAGAACCAGUGCAAAGAUGCUCUGGACAUCUACAAGAAAUUUCUCUACAGGAUGACGAAGCUGUCGGAGUUCCUCAAAGUGGCCGAGCAAGUUGGAAUAGAUCAGGGUGACAUCCCAGAUCUCUCACAGGCCCCCAGCAGCCUCCUGGAGGCUUUGGAGCAGCACCUGGCCUCUCUGGAGGGCAAGAAGACCAAGGAAUUAAAUGCAGACACCAGAGCGUCCACUCUGUCCAGCGCCGUCUCUUCUCUCUCCAGCACCGGCAUGUCCUUCAGCCGCAUGGACGAGAAGGAGAAGCAGCAGGCCCUGGAGGAAGAACAGGCCAGACUGCAGGCUCUCAAGGAUCAGCGCCUGAAGGAGAUGGGCAUGCAGACUCCUCCCUCUGCCUCCCCCAGCAGUCAGUCGAUGGGUAGCGCCAACAAUAACCACAUCACACAAACCCCACAGUUGUUCACCUCCAUGCUGUCUGCCAACAGUGUGCCCAAUCUGAACAGUGACCUGUUUGAUCUUCAGCCAGCCUUCAUCCCUGCUGUGCAGAGCACUCCUUCAAUCUCCACCGCCAACAGUGCCUGGGGAGGAAUGGAGAACCAGCCUCUGCAGCAGACCACCGCAGCCAUGACUGUAGAUUUCGAUGCUGUGUUUGGGAAUAAUGCCACGCCCAGUAACAGCGGCCCACAACCUGCAGCCGGUUUUGAUGCUCUAGGAGACCUGUUGAAGCCUACAAUGCCCACACACACUGCACCUCUUCCUCCUCCUCAAAUGGCCAUCCAUCCUGGAGGAAAGCUGCUAGCCAACGACCUCGACUCCUCUCUGGCUAACCUCGUGGGCAAUCUGCAGUUUGGUGGGACCCCAGCCAAGAAACCAGACAUGCAGUGGAACCAGUCUGGAGAGAAGAAGCUGACGGGAGGCCACAACUGGCAGAAUAAGACCAUGUCAACCACACAGUGGGGCCCGGCGCCCAUGGCCCCGCAGCCCAUGCCUGUACAACACGUGAAUGGAAUGUUCUAUACUAGUUAUGCUCCAGCUCCCAUGGCUUUUCCCAUGACCACACCGCAAGUGCCUGUGUAUGGAAUGGUCCCUCCCCAGAUGGGUCAGAUGGGCGGGGUACCAGUGAUGGCUCCUCAGCCAAUGAUGUACAACCAGCCUGUUCUCAGACCCACUAACCCCUUCGCACCCAUGCCUGGAGCCCAGGUCAGCUAUCCUGUACUUGUGCAUUCAUACACACAAAACGACACCUUUGCAACUGAAAAGAUGCAGUUUAUGUAAUCCAGUCAGAGGGGAAGCAGAGUGCCAAAAGCGACAAACAGCAGAAGAAAACACACGAGGAACGAUCAGAUGGACGGAGGAAUGAUUUGAUAAGGCUAAAACGACUAAGAGACAGACAGACCACAAGAUAACCCACCGACACCAAAAACAUGUUGGAAAGAGGAGGAGUAGAUGAGCACACAGAGGAUGGAGGGAUGUGGUGGGGAAGAUGACAUCCUGGCUGGUUGUUGUCUGAAACAACUUCUCGUGUGUGUGUGUGUGUGUGUGUGUGUGUGUGUGUGUGUGUGUGUGUGUGUGUGUGUGCGUUUGUGUGUGUGUGCGUUUUGUGUGUGCGUGUGCGCGUGGCUUCAUUCUGUUCUACUGUCUAAUUUGUGGUUUAAAUCAUAUCGAUGGAGGGAUGCGUCAGUAGAGGGAAUAAGGAUAAGAGAGAAAGAUGUGAAGAAAGAUGGAGGAGGAGAGAAGAGGGGAUUAAGGAAAUCCUACCUCUGGUUUUCAGUCAGACCGGAACCCUUCUGACUGCCGUGAGAGUCUCUGCUAUAGAAUUAGCUUUAUUUCAAUACUGGUGCUAUUUUGUCCUCUCUUGGUUACUGUACAUCUGCAACGGCAACUUGGGAGCACUUAGGAGGGGACAAGUGUUUGUUUUGUGUGUGUGUGUGUGUGUGUGUGUGUGUGUGUGUGUGUGUGUGUGUGUGUGUGUGUGUACUUGUACAGCAGUUGUUUCAGACAAUACCUUCACAAUGACCCCCUCUCCAUCCUCUUUGUUGGCUGUCUGUGUCCAACUGUCCAAUCAGCAAGAGAUUUAGAGGCAAAUCUUCUCAAGUGUUUCCCCGUAAUUUUCCACUCUGUUGGGGAUAUCUUUGUAUUUUUCAAUCUGUUUUCUUCUGCAGUCUCUCCUGAAUGUUAUCGGGGCUUGUACAGCAAUUUGUUGAACCAUUUGUUAAUAGUAGUUGAGCAUUUUUAAGCUUAAGUCUUAGUUACUCAUACUGCAUUGUUUUCUUCUCCCAGAGCUACAGAUACACACAGAGAGACGGGGAUUAGCGGCGGCGGCAUGCUAGCAAGGUAUAUAGUCGUCUUAAUUGUCUUUGAACCAAAAAUAUAAAAGCCUGUUCACACCUAGCUAGCUGGUGUGUUCUGGCAGUUACAGAUUUGUUAGCUUGGUUGCUAACGGGACAAUAAGUUCACACAGUUUAAAAGAUGUAUUUUGGUCUACAAACUAUUACUCCAUCCAUCAGAGGAGGUUAAAUAAAACUGGAUGGUACAUCACAGCUAAUAAGCGACGACAGCUUCCUCCAUUUUGGACUCUCUGUUCCCCAAAUGUGUGCGCUGUCGAAACGGCUUAAUUUUGAUCAGCGUUUUAAAGUGCUGGUGUGACCAGACAUAUUUUACAAGUUUAUCUUGACACAUAUAUGCCUGCCAUUACUCUCAGUAGCGGGUCAAAUGGAAGAAAUUAGUAUUUGUGUUGUGCUAAAGCAACUGCAGAGUGUUUAUUAGCAUCGUUAGCUGCCUGUUAGCACCUGAUUGACCUGUGUGUAUCUGUUCUUCUUGUCCUCAUUAGCUCACCACCAACCAGAUUCAGAUUUGAAAAUGUUUUACAAAAUUAAGAGCUUAUUCAUUAGGUACACCCCUGGCAGAACCACAUUGUGUGCCAAUUAUUGAUGACAGCAACACUGAGUGAGUGAAUAAAUGUUACUGAAUUUAGUUGAAUUCACUUUAAAUUGCACUGAAUCAAAGCGAGUGGCUUUAAGUGCGACUCAGUCUGCACUGAGAGCCAAAACAACACUGAACUUUUGGCAUCACCGUCGCUCUGUGGCUCCAGGAAAUUUUGUAGAUAAAAAUUGACUCACCUAAUAGGUCGUGGCCAAUCCAAAGCAUCCGUCACCAUGAGUUUGACUGUUGGUAUAUGUGUGCAUAAUGCAUUUUUUGUGUGUGUUCACGUGUGUUUUUACACAUUUUAUGUGUGUGUUUUCCAUUGAGGGCUAUUUCUGAGGGUCUAAUUGUGUCAAAUUUCGAGCCGAAUUUGAGCCAGCGAGUUUGACACAGUGUGAUUUGUUUUGUUUUUGUAAAAUCAAAAUUUUGUUGCAAAAUGCACAUGCAAACAUUUUGCACUGAAGUGACUAUCCUGCCGUAAGAAGAGCUGUUGCCAGUUCUCCUGAUAUGAAAGCGUUGAGACAGAGAUUUGAAGUUUGUAGACAUUGUGUGAGGUUUUACAAUAACAAGUUUGUUCUAAUCGACCAGCCACUUUGGCAGGUAACUAAAAAUAGUUUUUUGCCAUUCUAACAAUGAACUUGAACAUUUUUGUAGUCCCAUCCCCAUCCCAGUCCAAUGUCUACAUCUCAGUGAUAGUUCACAUAAAAUCUGUAGAAUCUCGCUUCAGUCUCUCAACUCUGUCUAGUUGGUCUAGCUCUAGAAUGCUUUUUUCGCCUGCUUCGUCACUGUUUGGUAUGUGUAGAUAUGUAUAAAAAAAAAAAUAGUAAUAAUCAGUUUCUGUCUAGAUUGUCUGCUCCCACCUAUCACUGUUGCUGUUGGAUAGAUAUUGCUCUUAGUCGCUUCUUGUCGCAGUCUUGUGUUAGCUUAGCCUCUCUUCAUAGUAUCCUUACAGAAGACCGCCUGCAGUAGGUUUCCCACCUUGUCCUCACCGCUGCCAGUGUCUAGUAACUAUAGCUCUAUUAUCUCUCUUGGUGUCUCCGUCUUUUAGCUGUAGACGAAACCUUUCGGAGGCUCUCAGGCUUUGUGGUGCGCUUUUGAGUGCGCUCCUUUCUUCUCGCUGUUAGCAUCGCGCCAGUUUCUGGUUAAAUAAAGUCCUCGUCUAUUUUUUUUUCUUUUUUCUCGACAACAUCUACCAUCUCUGCCUCUCGUUACGAUGUCAGCAGCCUACAAACUGUCUCUGAUUUGGACUGUUGAACCCAGACAGCUAAUCAGAUGCUUGGAUAUCCAGGUCUUUUGGGAAAAAUGGGAGACUUUGUUGGCUAUAGGAGAGACAUAGAACUCAAGAAGUCAAGUACAGUAUGUAGUCCAGCCGGGUUUGGAAAUGGGCUUUCGCUAAAUGCUAGUGGAUUUCAGCAGCAGCUUUAAAGUUUGUCUGCUCAACUAGCCACUUGUAAAGUUUAUUUAACAGGAAACGUGUUGCAAGUAGCAAGGGAAUCCAUGCAUUACUGGGAAAGAUGAAUAAAAGUUCAGUUCCAAGCCAUGAUAGUAAGGAAGGUUUUUGUGUCCGGCCAAAACUUCUUCAAAAAACUUGUACAAUAAGUUGCUCUCUGGUGUUUCUGUUGUCGUAAAACUGAACUGUUAUCAACAUGAACUCCCUCCGACACCCUCGGUGUCUUAAACAGGGACUUCUUCUCCAACAGGGUACCUUUUUUGCUUUUGGCUUCCAACUUGGACUCUCGUUAAACGUUUUUUUCGUAAUGGACGUCUGCGCUUUGGCUCCAACAAUAAGUUUGAAUCAUAGCUCUUUACUUUCUGGGACAGCUGUCUCUUAUCUGGUGGUGAUGAAUUGGUACUUCAGAAAGAGAAGCAGUUACCAGCUGUGGCACUGAUCCAGAAUCAGGUCAUCAUCACCCUGGAUCUUAAAAACAAUGAAUCGUAUCAGGUCUAAAUGCACAGCUAAUAAUUCCUGAUGUUUUGUAAUUACCUCUUCAGAAUACAAAAUGAGUUGGCUUCGGUGUGAAGGACAGUAAAGUCAGUGCCAGGGUGUUUCGUUUGUUAUUGCCAAUUAACCUGACUUAGGUAAAAUCAAACAGAAUGAACGCUGUUUGACCCAGUCUGACUACCUUUUUCAGCUUUUUUCUUUCAAGCUAAAUCUACAUUUUGUGUUCUUCUUGGGCAGUAGCUUUUCUCUCCUUUCCGUUUUCGAAAACUUUAAAUUUCUCUGCAUGGAAUCCUGUCCUGCCUGUUGUGAGGAGAUUGUCUUUGUGUGUCUCAAGUGGUUUUCAAAAUGGUCAAAUUUUUGCGGGAUAGAGACUACUGUGGUUUUUGAGUCUCAUAAAUGUUACUGGCUCGUCUCCUUAGCGUUGAUGUAACUGUCAGUAAUUAUAACAGCUUCAUCACGUAGGUAAUUUUGUUACGGUAUUUAUCCUGGGAGGGGUUUGGCCGAGCAUGCAGGCUCUUUUUUCGGCAACUCCCUUCCUCAAAUUCAGACACUUUCUCACAUUUACAGCUGGGAGUUUCCCAGGACAACCACUGUUUCAGACCAGCCAACCUUGUGGCUUAGUUUCUCUCAACUUUAUAAGCUGCUACCACCUCUCUGCAUUGUUGUAGCAUGAAUAAGUGGAGAAGGAUACACGGAUAAACGUUGAUGUCAUAUUGAAAUGUCUGUUCUCUGCUAAGGCCAAGUGUAUCAAACAUUCAGAGAGCAGACUCCUCUCUGGCGAGCCAUCGCUCUCUCUCUCUCUUUCUGGGGUCGGUGAGUGCAUGGUUGUAUCGUUGUCGAUGUUUGUUGUCCUUUUUUCCAAAAAAGCAUGAUCUGACCGUGAUGAUGAAGAUAAAUUCUCUCCUCUUGUUGUCCCCGUUUUAAAUCGCCUUGUCAGGCAAGGCGAAGUGGUGAGAUGGAUCACACUUUCUUGACCAAUCAUUUGCCGUCCAUGACAGGGACUGAAUCUCAAAGAUGUUUGUACUGUCGAUAAACGAGCCACUGUAGCAAAAACGGAGCACCAAACUUUUUUUGUGAUACCUCUCCCAAAGAUGUCACAUUUGUUACUUGCAGCAGAUAUGUCCUUUUGGAUUUUCCACUGUUGUGGCGCCAUCUGGGGGUCGCUGUGUGCAUUGCAGCUGUGGCAGUAGGAGAAGCAGGAGAAAGUUAACAGACCCAAAAUGAAACGAACGAAACAAAGGGAGAGGCUGUUUAACAGAUAAAUUUCCUCAUUUUGUCAGUGAGUGUUGAAUCAAAGAUCUCUUGUGCACGUUCUGUUUUUUCUACAUCAGUGUUUUUUGGUAAGAACCCUCGGAUUGCUGCCUCACUAAUCUGUAUAUAAAGAAAUGCACACAUUCACAACACAGAGCUUAAACACAUACUCUCAUAAUCUGCAACUGCAUUAUUUUCCAUUCACUCUUUAUUUUUUCUGAACGUGAAAGAUAUUAGCGUUAUUACAGCAGUAUAUAGGUAUGAUUACUCCUCAGUGGGGACGGGCUAAACAGACAGACGAUGCAGAUUUCGAGAGCUGCAGACCUCCCUGUACAUCAGGAUCAGCCAUGAAUUCUCCAUGAUGCCAAAUGUUUUUUUGAGCAGAGUACACCUUUUAAUCUGUCUCUCUUUUCUCUGUCUCCUCCCCUUAUCUCUUUGUACAUUUUUUCUAUUUAUUUAAAGCAGAAAUAUAUGGAUUGUAUCAAGCAUGGAAAGGCAAACAAAUGUUACAGUUGACAAAAAAAAAAAUCACAGGCUUUUAUUUUA